UGCUAAGCUUGGAAAAGACCGGAAAUUGAUGAAUGCUAAAACAAAUAUGAAGUUAAGAGAUAAUGCAGUCACUGGUAACAGCAAGAUAAGCACUUUCAUUCGUAUUGAGACGUCUCUAUUAAGCUAAGGAUCAAGUCCGCCAUCACUUAUGCAUCUGUGCUUGUAUUAAACGUAACCAGAUUUGCUAAUGGAAACAAUAGAAUAGUUUUCCUCUUUCAACAAAAAUAACUAAUUGUUCUUUUUAGGAUGGAUAAAUUCAACACGAUAGGCUAAAAGAGAAUUAAGCAGAGCUCAAAAUUUGGAAGUCAAUGUACUUUUCACAAGAUAAUACAAAAUUUUGAAAAGAAAAAAAAAAGAAAACAUCUUUUUAACUCGAUAAAGCUUAAACUUCAAUAACAUACAAGAGCAGUGAUAGACAGCCCGACUCAGCCAGUGCACGAUAGUACAAUGAGGUCAAGUGAAGAAGAUACGUAUGUACAUGUUGAUACCGUAUUCGUAUUAAGAAUGAAGGGUUAAAAAUGCAUUUGCAAAUCAGGUGAUUGGGAGAAAAAAGAUGUUGCUGAAGAAGGAAAGAAAAAAAAAAACUCUUGCUCAAUUAAAGGAUGCAACGAACCCGAUGAAGAAUACUUUAGAAAAUGAAGAGGCUAAGGUGGAGCAAGUUCUUGACCGAUUAAAGGAAGCAACAAACGGAAAAAAUGAAGUAUGUCGAGAUGAAGAAACAAGAAGUUGGGUAGAUAGUGGAUUUUCGACCACCGGUAUUCACCUUCUAGAAAGUAGCUAUGAAGAUGUACUUCACAUAUUAAAUGAUAUGGCGGAUUUUGACUACCGUUGGCAUUGGGAUCCUUCACAGCAGGGUCGGAGUCACCAAUACCCUCUAAAUUUUAAGGAUGAAGAGAAAAAGAAGAAUCAAAUUGCGGAUUUGAUUGCAGCCCUUACGAAAUCUCACAUGGAAUUUAUGAACGAAACUUGCAAGAGUUUCAGAUCAAACAGGAGACAAUGAAGAAUUUGGAGGUACAGCUAGGGCAAUUGGCAAAUCCAGUGUCUAAUAGAUGUUAAGAUGAUGAGUGCAAGUUAGAUUACGAGGAAACUUCAUGUGAAAUUGCACCUUUAUAAGAAAUAAAGCCUACAUGUGAAGAAUACAGCUCCUUUGAAGACGAAUUAAAUCUCACUUUCUUGUUUUCAGACACAACAAUUAAUGACCAUGAAGAAAGUGAAGUACAACUAGAAUGGGCAUUGGGUGAGAUUUUAAAAGAAGACAAGCAGAAAGCAAUACCGAUGGAUGAGCAAAUAAUUGAGACUAUUGAUUUGAGCUCAUCAAUGAGUUUUAUACAUACACCACCUAAAGAUCCUUUCUUUCCAUCGUUGUUACUUUUAACAAAUUGUGUUCUAGAAAAGUUCUUUCCCCAAGUUCAUUAUUGGAAGCCAGGUGUUAUUGAUAAGACGAGCAUAAUUUUUUCUAAUCUAGCCAAUCAUGAGGGCAUUUUCAAUCAAGACCCACGUAUGAUGCUACAUGAUACAUACUAUGGGCGAAAGCCGUUAUUUGAUAAAUUUCUCAAAAGUCGAGCUUAACGACGUUAAACAAAAGCGCUUG